AUGACCCUUGUUGGCCUAGAGAUCACCAGCACCAUGCCAACUUUCAUCACAUCCUCCGCGCCCGGCGCUCCCCGGACGACAACGACGACGACACCGCACGCAAGCUCAAGCCCUUCCAAAACCUUCAACCAAUACCCGACCGUCCUACUCUCCGAUGCCAACACCGACAAUCCCAAGAAAGAACACCAACAACAACAACAACAACAACAAAAACAAAAACAACAGAAAGACACAGAGCCUUUAUUAGACAACAUCUUCGUCUCCAUCUCCGGCAUCAAAGCCUCCUACGCCCAGCUCCAACUCGCCCAGUCCCCAUACAACCCUGACACCAUCCAAAACGCCGACGAAGCCAUCGUCUUCCAACUCAAACACUUGUCCCAACUCAAACACUCAUAUCUCAAAAACCAACCUUUUACCCCUCAACCACCCCUCUCCGCUCAGAUCCAAGAACAACAAAACCUCCUUAAAACGUACAAAAUCACCAUCAAAAAGCUUGAGUCUGAACUCCACUACAAAGACGACGAGAUCCACUCCAUUGAAUCACAACUACUCGAAGCUCAAUCCCAGUGCUCCUCCAUCGAAGCCAAGCUCCACCCAAACCGCUCCCUCUCCGCUCUCCGUGACCUCCAUCUCUCCGGCCUCAACCCCACCCACUUCCUCUCCGCUCUUCGCUACACCGUCAAGUCACUCAGGCAUUUCGUCAAACACUUGAUGGCCGAGAUGGACUCCGCCGGAUGGGACCUCGACGCCGCAGCCACCGCCAUCCACAACGACACCCCUCGCCGCGAUCUCGCCUUCGAGUCCUAUGUCUCUUUAAAAAUGUUCUCCGAUUUCCAGCGCCCCGAUUACGGUCUCCGUGGCUUGGAUUGCUGCGGCUCAUGGGAUCAGCACCGCUUCUUCAAUGAAUUCUCCUCAUCCACGCAUUUGAGCUGGAAUCAGCUGUUCAAAAGGAACGCUCAAGCGUGGGAGUUUGUGAGAGCGAAGUACCUCGCCAUCGUUCAUCCCAAGAUGGAGGCUUCCUUCUUCGGAGAUCUAGAACAAAGGGGUCUUUUGAGUUCGGGACGUGGGUUUCCAGACUCAGAGCUUUUUGCUGAGUUCGCGGAGAUGGCGAGGCGGCUCUGGCUUCUCCACUGCUUGUUCUUCUCGUUCUCGCCGGCGCCGGCAAUCUUUCAGGCGGCUAGAGGAGUUCGGUUCUCCGAUGUAUUCAUGGAGAACGCUGUUGGUGAAGAGACGACGAGCUAUGGUGGUACUAAGCGCCGGCCCACGGUUGCGUUCACGGUGGUCCCUGGGUUUCGAGUGGGCCGGGCCGUUAUACAGUGCCGUGUCUGUUUGUCCAGUAAGAGCAAUCAACGGUCAUGAUCAUAGCAUCAUCAUCAUCAUCAUCAAGGCUAUUUUGGUUGUAUCAGUAAUGUAUACUAGUAUUAUUAUAGUGAGCUUUAAUAUUAUUUUUAAUGUUUUAUUUUAA